GAAGCUCUCUGGUGUAUCCAGUUCUCUCCAAUUCAACUCGACUGUGUUUUAUCAGGAAGUAAGUACCCAAAAUUUCAGUUUUAUUCUCAUAUAGGUAUGGUCCAUUGAGCUCGAGUUUGUUGAAAGAAAAUGCGCUUCAAUUUCUGUAGAAAUUUGAAGUUUCGUUUGCGAGAAUAUCAUAGUAGUUAUGGUGUAAUUUUUUGUAAUAGACCAAGUUGUAAUGGCAGAGAUUUUGUUUCCAGAAGCCCUUUUGGAAAUUGUGGAGUUGCUGCAUUUUAUUCAUCAGAAAACACUAAUCUUGAUCUACAUUUGAACCCUGAGAAAGAUUCUGGGAAAUAUGUCAGAGAAGGUGAUAGUCAUGGUACUAGAAAUGGGUAUUCUAGAGUUCAAGAAAUGGGCUGGAAAGAGGGUUGUGGGUUCGGGAAGAGUAGCUUAAAUGCAGAGGAGAAUGGAGAAAGAAGUUGUCGAUUUGAUGAGUUUGAGGUUGAGGGUUCGGACGAGGACGCGGAAAAUGAUGUUGAUGGUGAUGGGGUGGAUAAUUUUCGGAUUUUGGAUUCGUAUACUGGAAAUAGAAGUCAGAAGGAAGAUGUUUCGAGGAGAGUUAUGGAUGAUGUGGAAGAUGAAUUAAGACACCCUCUAGUGAAAGAAGUAUGUAGGUUAAUUGAACGUAGGUCAGAAUGGGGUCCGAGGUUAGAGAGGCAGUUGAGGACGUUGUUGAGAAGUUUGAAGCCACUGCAAGUUUGCGCUGUACUAAAGUGUCAGUCUGAUGAACGUGCUGCUUUGCAGUUCUUCUACUGGGCUGAUAGGCAAUGGCGAUAUCGGCAUCACCCGAUUGUUUAUUAUGGAAUGCUGGAAGUUCUUAGUAAGACCAAGUUGUGUCAGGGGGCUAAGAGGAUUCUGAGUCUUAUGAGGAAGAGGAAGAUUGAGAGGCGGACAGAGGCAUUUGGCUAUGUUAUGGUUUCAUUCAGUCGAGCAGGACAUUUGAGGAAAGCAAUGCAGAUAUUGAAUGUGAUGCAGAAAGCAGGGAUUGAACCUGAUUUGUCUAUCUGUAACACUGCAAUUUAUGUUCUGGUGAAGGGGAAGAAAAUGGAAAAGGCUUUGAUAUUUUUGAAAAGAAUGCAAGUUGUUGGGAUUACACCAAAUGUUGUUACAUAUAAUUGUUUAAUUAAGGGUUACUGUGAUAUGCAUCGUCUUGCACAAGCAUUACAGCUGAUUGCUGAAAUGCCGUCUCAAGGUUGUUCCCCUGAUAAAGUUAGUUACUGUACUGUAAUGGCACAUCUAUGCAAGGAGAAGAGGGUUGAUGAAGUAAAGGGUUUGAUGGAGAAGAUGUGGAAGGAUAGCAAAUUGGUUCCAGAUCAAGUAACUUAUAGGACCCUUAUUUAUAUGCUUUCCAAGCAUGGACAUGCAGAUGAUGCAUUGAAAUUUCUCAGGGAAGCAGAAGAAAAAGGAUUCCAUAUUGAUAAAUUUGGAUAUAGUGCAGUUAUUAAUUCUUUCUCCCAAGAUGGGAGGAUGGAUAAGGCAAAAGAACUUCUAAAUGAAAUGUUUGCAAAGGGGUGUGACCCUGAUGUGGUGACUUACACUGCUGUUGUGAAUGGAUUUUGUCAAGGAGGAGAGAUUGACCAAGCCAAAAAGUUGCUCCAACAGAUGCAUAGACAUGGUUUUAAGCCGAAUACAGUAUCAUACACAGCAUUGUUACAUGGGCUUUGCAAAAAUGGAAAGUCAUCAGAAGCCAAAGAGGUGAUGAACAUGAGUGAGGAGGAAUGGUGGACACCCAAUGCAGUUACAUAUGGUGUCCUGAUGCAUGGGUUCCGCAGGGAAGGGAAGUUGUUGGAGGCCUGUGAUGUGGUUAGGGAAAUGAUAAGAAAGGGCUUUUUGCCAAAUCCAGUCGAAAUUAAUAUGCUGAUUCAGUCUCUUUUCCAAGCAGGCAAAACCAAUGAAGCCAAGAAAUUCAUGGAGGACUGUCUCCACAAAGGAUGUGCUGUUAAUGUGGUAAAUUUUUCUACUGUAAUUCAUGGAUUCUGUCAGAAGGAUGAUUUGGAUGCUGCUCUCUCAGUCCUUGAUGACAUGUACCUGAAUAACAAACACCCAGAUGCAAUAACAUACACUACUUUAAUUGAUGCACUGGGAAGGAAUGGUAGGAUAGAUGAGGCAAUUGAACUUGCAAAGAAAAUGCUUCAUAGGGGCCUGCUUCCUACUCCAGUAACAUACCGUGCAAUCAUCCACAGGUUCUGUCAGCAUGGUAGGGUGGAUGAAUUGUUGAAGUUAUUAGAGAAAAUGCUAAAAAGGCAGAAGUGCAAAACAGUGUAUAAUCAGGUUAUUGAAAAACUUUGUAGCUUUGGAAACCUUGAUCAGGCUUAUAAGCUCUUGGGGAAUAUCCUAAGGACUGCUUCAAAUAUUGAUGCCCGUACUUGCAACAUCCUUCUGGAGAGUUACUUGAAGAAAGGGGAUUCUUUGUCAUCUUAUAAAGUGGCUUGCCAAAUGUUCAAGCGGAAUCUUAUACCUGAUCUCAAGUUAUGUGAGAAAGUGAGCAAGAGAUUGUUGUUAGAAGGAAAAACAGAUGAGGCAGAUAAGCUUAUGCUGCAGUUUGUUGAACGCGGGUGCAUUUCACCUCACUGCCAUUAGUUUUCAUUUGAAAUUUAGGAGUACUUUCCCAGAAGUUUUUUCAAAGUGCUGCCAAAGUUUUAUAUCAUCUCAGUGAAAAACAAUAAUGAUCAAAGAAAUGGAGACGGAUAAAGCUCCUUUAUGGUUGAGCAAGGAUCUUCCUUUCUCUAGUGAACUUGACUUGAAGAAGACUAUUAAGGCUUCAGACAAUUGUCGUUUAAUGUCCUAAUGAAAUAUUUCAUGGUUGAACUCUGUUAUGAUGGGAUCAAACUGUCAUCAGCAUUCUCAGGUGCAAUGGAACCAAGGGCGGAUCUACACUAUUCCCUGUGGGGGCAUGCAUUCCCCAUCUGGCCAAAAACAAGUGAAGCUUCUGUGCAACGAUGGCUGCAUGAGUAUGUCUUAUUCAUGUAUAAUGUGCCCGAAUAUAUCUUCGGUGAUGACACAGAAGUGCAGUUAAUCGAUCAUUUGCUGUCAAAUUGCUUAGUAACUCUUCCGCCAUACGAUGACCCAAAUUAUUGAGUAAUCAAGCUUGUUUGUAUUUCUGUAUAUGAUGUAAUCCCCAGUACUUGCACUUUUGUUUGUUGUGGCCAUAUGAUGCAUUAUUUGGAAAUCAACAUCCAGUAUAUGAUGUUAAUCAAUGGAACAAGUAGACUUGGCAGGUAGUUGCUGGCAUUUCCUGUUUCAGGGAUGUUUCCUUUCUGGUUUUGGCUGGAACUGAUUAUUGAGUUGUAUGACUUCAACUAGGAGAAGAGAAAUGUGCCUAUAGAUGAUAUGGAGAAAGGCUGGCCAAUCAUAGGGCGGCCAUGUCCCCAACAGAUUUGUCAAUGAAACAGGUUUAGCUUUGGCCCUA